AUGGCAGUACAACGAUUUUGGCAGUCCACGGAUGAUUGGACCAAGCCGAGUCCAGCCCUCCGCACGGCGGUCUCCGCACUGGAUCCGCCGCGGCUGCAGCCCGAGCUUCAGCUUCGUUUUCCUCCUUCCUCCCAGCACGUCAUUUGGAGGACUCGAUUCUCACUUUUCGGGCAACUGACCACGACCGUUGUCCCAGGUGCAAUGUCGACCGACGAGCCACCAAGAGCCCCGGUCUCAGAGGAGACCCCUCUGCUCCGUGAUGCUCACCCCGCCCAAGCUGACCGGCCGAAUGGGCAGGAACCGCUGACCGAGGAGCGUCCGACAAGAGAACUGAUUUUGAUACUUGGGAGUAUUUGGCUAGGUGUUUUCCUUGCUGCGCUCGAUACGACCAUCGUUGCGACAUUAUCCGCCCCCAUCUCCUCCUCGUUCAACUCGUUCUCACUUCUCUCGUGGCUGGCUACAUCUUACCUCAUCUCGAAUGCCGCCUGCCAGCCCCUAAGUGGUCGAUUGACCGACAUCUACUCUCGUCGCUGGGGCUUGGUCUUUUCCAAUGUUUUCUUCGCCCUGGGCAACUUGAUCUGCGGUCUUGCUCAAACGCAAUGGGCCAUCAUCUUGGGUCGCGUCGUUGCGGGUGUUGGAGGCGGUGGUUUGACUGCUAUCUCAACCUUUGUUACCUCUGAUCUGAUUCCAUUGCGCAAAAGAGGCGUCUGGCAGGGUAUUGGUAACAUCUGCUACGGGGCUGGCAUGGGUCUGGGCGGGGUAUUCGGUGGAUGGAUUAAUGAUACGCUGGGAUGGCGAUGGGCCUUUUUGAUCCAGAUCCCCUUCUUGGUUGUCUCGUGCGUCUUGGUUAUUUUCUUAGUGAAUAUCCCCGUGAAGGAUGCCGAUAAGGCGCGUAUUAAGCGCGUUGACUUCUUCGGAGCCAUUACCUUGGUCCUUACCUUGGUCACACUGCUGCUGGGUCUCAACACCGGCGGGAACCAAGUGCCAUGGAGUCACCCAAUUGUCCUGGUUUCAUUGUCACUAUCGGCAGUGUUCCUAGGUAUCUUCAUCUACGUGGAGGCUUACAUUGCGACCGAGCCUGUGAUCCCAGUGAGACUCCUUCUGGACCGGACGGUGGCAUCCGCCUGCCUGACCAACUGGUUCACGACAAUGGCAGUAUUUGGACUACUCUUUUAUCUCCCAGUCUAUUUCCAGGUUCAGGGUCUCUCAGCUACCGCGGCUGGGGCUCGUCUGAUUCCGCAAGCCAUUGGAACCUCCAUUGGGUCGCUGGGAAGUGGCUUCAUCAUGCGAGGCACGGGUCGCUACAAGAUCCUCAACUAUGCGGUUAUGACUCUGCAGGUCCUUUCGGCAGGCUUGAUCUGUACCCUGAAGUUGGAUACGCCCGUGUGGCUGCCGUUUGUGUACUUCUUCCUGGGAGGUGUCGCGUAUGGAAGCAUGUUGACCAUUACCUUGGUGGCACUGAUUUCAGCCGUGGAUCACCAGCACCAUGCAGUGGUGACUUCGGCCUCUUAUGCAUUCCGCAGCACCGGCAGCACCAUUGGCAUCACCGUUGCCUCAGCCGUGUUCCAAAACACCGUGAAGACUGGCCUGUGGUCUCGAUUUGGCGAGCGUGAGCAUGCAGCGGAGAUCAUCUCCCGACUCCGGGACCGCCUGGAUGAGAUCCGCAAGCUGCCUGAAGACUGGAUUCCAGGUGUCUUGGACUCGUAUAUGGGCUCCUUGCGGGCGGUAUUUGUGACGCUACUGGGAUUGACUAUCUUGGGAGCGGCGGUUAGUAUGGCGAUGCGAGAGCACAAGCUGCACAACAAUCUCUCUCGUCGGUGA